AUGGAAGGAAAAGAAACAAGAAAGAAAGAAAUUGAGAAGAAAAACAGAAAGUACAGAUUUUGUGUGUGUGGCGCUCGUCACAGCUUCCUCACGCUCGUCACGAGCAUCACGUUCAACACGGUCGUCACAAGGCCGUCACGGUCGUCACGUUCAACACGACCGUCACAAGACCAUGACGACCGUCACGAGCCAAGUAUCAGAAUAAAACAGAAGUCUACACGACCCUCAACUAAAUUUCUUCCUGCACUUUCUCCACUCACUGCCCACUACUGGAAAUUACUCCCACUCCCUCCAUAA